AUGCUUGUGGCACGGCAAUGCGACACUGGACGGACAACCUGGUCUCCUACCAAGCUUCAGGCCAUUUACAAUACCUUCUCAUCACGGAUGUCAAAUUUUGAGCUACUAACGACGCAGCCAGACUGGCGAGAGCAGUACGCAGUGUUUCCUUCAACAGGAGAGAAUAGUCUGCUCUCUACAUCAUUCGAACAGCGCAAUUUUUCGGGUGAAUCCUACUCUAGACCGGACCAGACCAGCUCACAGCCUACACAAACACGGCCGAAAACUCUGGGCGUACUAGAUUUAAAUUCCCAGAUAGAACCUGUCAAUAAUAACCGGCGGUGGAAUCCAGGGGACUGUUUGGACCUAGGCGGACCAUCCACCGCUCAUUUUCCAUUGGUCUUGCCAGAAAAAUCAGCUGAUAUCGCGCUCACUCCCCUUGAAGUCGAAUCUUCCAUUAGCGUCCAGACACAGCCAAAAUCUUUAGGAAAUAUAGAUCGUGGUGCUGAAAUAGAGAUAAAAGACGAGGAAUAUGAUAUUGAGGAUGAUGAUGAGAUGCUUGACGCUGAAUUUGAAGAAAAUAGUGCACCCUCGCAAAUGACCGCUGAACGCCGGGCAGAUCGUCGAAAAAUGAAGCGAUUUCGCCUCACUCAUCAGCAGACCCGAUUUCUUAUGAGCGAAUUUGCUAAACAAGCACAUCCUGAUGCUGCACAUCGCGAGCGACUCUCCCGUGAAAUACCAGGUCUAAGUCCUAGGCAAGUGCAGGUCUGGUUUCAAAACAGACGAGCGAAGAUUAAGCGACUUACGGCUGACGAUCGUGAACGUAUGAUAAAGAUGAGAGCUGUACCAGACGACUUUGACAACGUUCAAGCCCUGCAUUCACCAUAUGGAGCUGUACAUGCUGUUGAAACAUCUUUGCAUUCCACAGCUGAAAUAGGCCAAUCUUAUCCAGAGACGCUCCUCCAACCAAUCACGUCAGACACAUAUAGAAAAGAUAAAGAAGGACGUUUAUCUUCAACACCUAGUCCGGUUUUCAGUCACAUGGCAUUUAAUCCUAUCACUUCGAUCAACUCUCCAGACGUGAUGUCCUCAAAUUCUUUAAGCUCACCUGAUCAAUACUACAACAAUCAUUUAUCGAAUUCUUUGAGUGUUGUAGCACAGACUACCAAUUCCCACGAACGUCCUCAUAAUUAUUCUACUGUCGGCCAGUCCAGCCAGUCGCACAAUAACGCCCGAUCACAACCGAUGAAUUUCCGCGAGUCUAUGUUGAAGACAAGACCAAGUACAAUGCGUUAUCCGCUGAGUGUUGAUGUGUCCUGGAGUGAAGAUAGUCGAACAUACCCUGAGCAUCAAGCCAGAAAACCUAAUUCUCAGGUUUGCAACGGACAGUCAUCUUUAGGUUAUGCAGAAUUUUCCAACGCUCAUGGGUUGAGUUCGCAUCAAUACGAUAUAAAUUCGUUUAUAAAUACUAGUAAUAUUAGAAGCUCACCUGUGAAAAUAUUUCCACCACCCCCAGGAAAUCCUUUAUUAAUGGCACAGAAUAAUCCUUCUUCGUCCAGGGGCCAAUUGCGCAAUACCACUUCAACGUUUUCUCAGAGACCAUCCCAACGUCAAUACCAGGUUGGAAAUCCACCAUGUACGGUAUCAGGUAGGAAUAAUUCUUUUGGCAACAACUUCACCGCCGGCGGCUAUGUUAAUUCGCUACUUACACCUUUUGCGGCAACUUCUCAAGAUUUUAUUAAUAGCAACGAUCCCACCAUGAGCUCAGCCGGGCCUGAGCAAGUUAAUGCAGGCUUUGAUAUUCAGUCUGUUCAAUCCAAGCGAUAG